AUGGUGCAUGCGCAGUUUCUACGGCCUGAAUAUGUCGGCUGGGUAAAAUACGUUAACUGUUAUCAUGACUGGAACGAUUUCCUUUCGUUAAGUUCAUUGCUGUUAAAUUAUUACGAAACUGAUCGUAACUUAAAAGUUGAAAGAUUAAAAAAUUUAGUAAAGGAGGCCUUAUGUCAACUCAGUUCAACAUUGAAGGGGCCGACGACGUGUGCCAAUAUGAAGAAGCUGUUUUCAAAAAUCGAAAACACGUCGAAGGAGCCUAACAGUUACAUAGGAAAAGUUUUUGUGGUGGGACGUUACACUGUCACUGUCGAAGACAUUCUAGCCGAAGGAGGAUUUGCCAUUGUAUUCCUGGUAAAAUCUUCGAGUGGACGUUAUGCACUUAAACGCAUGUAUGUUAAUAACGAACAUGAUCUCAAUGUAUGUAAAAGGGAGAUACAAAUUGCAAGUAACUUGAAUGGUCAUAAAAAUAUUAUAGGAUAUUUGGAUAGCAGUAUCACUCACAUAGGUGGAGGAGUACAUGAACUUUUACUUUUAAUGCCUUACUGCAAAUCUCAAGUUUUACAAAUGAUGAACAAUAGGUUACAGACUGGAUUUAGCGAGUCUGAAGUUCUGCAAAUAUUUUGUGAUGUUUGUGAAGCUGUAUCUCGACUGCAUCAUUGUCAGACACCGAUAAUACAUAGAGAUUUAAAGAUUGAAAAUAUACUAUAUUCUGAUACUGGCCAUUAUGUAUUAUGUGACUUUGGUUCUGCAACAGCAAAAAUUUUAAAUCCCAGUAUACAGGGAGCGGCGAUAGUGGAAGAAGAAAUUAAAAAAUACACGACUCUCAGUUACAGAGCACCUGAAAUGGUUGAUAUGUAUUGUGGAAAACCUGUUACAACGAAAGCAGAUAUAUGGGCAUUGGGGUGUUUGUUGUACAAACUUUGUUUCUUUACAUUACCAUUCGGGGAAAGCACACUUGCUAUUCAAUCGGGAAAUUUUACGAUACCAAAUCAUUCAAGAUAUAGUAGAGGCCUUCAUUGUUUGAUACGUUAUAUGCUCGAGCCAGAUCCUGAUAAUCGUCCCGAUAUUUAUCAAGUGUCUGUGAUUGCAUUCCAAAUUCAGGGAAAAGAGUGUCCAGUACAGAAUUUACAUAAAGUUCAAACACCAGUUUUGGAAUCAUUACCUUGUCCGCCUAUGGAAUCUGAAAAUAUGAAAAGAUCAUCAUUAGUGAAGACACCAAAACCGACUCCAGUAACUACUGUUGAGGGUACGUCAGUUACACCAAGACAACGACCAAAAGGACAGGCUGUGAGCACAGGUCCGAUAAGUCUAAGUGGUCAGAUCGUGAGUCAAAUAUCUGGUCAAGGAACUCAGCCUCAGUCGCAAAGUUCUGUAGGAAAUACGAUUUCGUAUGUUCAAAUGGGUCAACAACUUGCUUCGUUAAACGCGUCACAACCUUACUUAGGACAAAAUAUGCAAGCAACUGUUCAGCCAUUACCAGUGAACACUCAAUCAUCUGCUCAUCAAGUGCCAACCCUCACUCAAGUUUCGCCUCAAGUUUGUUGUACCACGACUAAUCAAAACGUUCCCUUUGGACAUCAGUCGCAAAUCCAAAAAUCACAACAGAGUCAGUCACAAUGCUCUACGAUUAGACGAUCUCCUGUAAGUGUUCAAGAUACUGUAGGUUCAUAUUACUUUGAUUCACCAGUGGCAACAAACGUGAAUGAAGAAAAUCUAGAGGCGCUAUUUCCACCGUCUGGUUAUCCAGAUCCGUUUAAAGAUGAUAACAGAGCUAUGCCACCACCCGCAAAAAUACCACCACCUGUCGCUCCUAAACCUUCUAAAAUUCUGUCUAAGGCAAAUGUUUCUGCUAGUUGUCCACCCCCAAAAUUUACACCUGUUAAUUCGUUAACAUCGAAGCUAAAUACUCCAACGGGGCCUAAUAAAGCUACUCCUGUAAUGGUACCAACUUUACCGAAACCAGUCAAUAAGACUGAAAGUUUAAGUCAAAAUAUAAGUUCAAGUACCUCUCCGCCCGAUAGUCCGACACUCUCCUCGGUACGUCAUAGAAGAAAUGUUAGCGAUACAAGUGCUUUUAAUAAAGCAUUUGCAAGCGAAACAACACAAUUUCUAGCACCGUACGAAGCUUCAGUGAAAUCACGUUCAGAAGAUGCUAACACUCCUGAAGUUCUAAGUGGUGUAAGACCUUGCCUAGGAUCUAGUGCUUCGCAUGUACGUAUUGGCGAACUUUCAAGCGUAACUGCUACUGAAGGAAGAUCUUUAAGUGCGGAUGUAGCAGCUUGGAAUCCGUUUGAAGACGUACAACCUUUCAACCAAUUAACGGAAGAUCAUAUUUUUGGUGCUGAGUUUGAUAAAAUUAGAAGGGGCAGUAAUGCAAGCAUCGCUGGUGUAAAAAGUCGCGAAAGCCUCGUUAUGACGUAUGCAGAAUUACCGGAAGAUCCAUUUGAAUCUGCACCUUUUAGUUUGCCAACAGGGAAGAAGAACAAAAUUGGAUCAAAGACUGCCGCACUUGCUGGAGGCAAGUCGCAAUUAAACGGUAGACCAAGAAUACCACCGAAACAAUGGAACCCGGGAUUCGAGCGCCCCGAACUGGACCAUAGGAUGACAGGAAACAAUCCUCCUAUUUCUCCGCCAUUUGUUCGGGUCCCUCUGGAAGAUCGGUCUAAAUACGAAAAGUUAACGUUCAACGCUGGAGACGUAUCGAGCGAUAGCGACAAAGAUUUGUCGCAAGAGCGAAUUCAACAGAAGAGAAAAAGGGUGAAGAAUGCGAUACGUAGGAAGAGGAAAACGCAGAAUGUGAACAAAGUCGUGGGUGAUUCGACAGGCUCGGCUGGUAAUUCGAAGACGCUCGGUAACAACUGGCGUAAUCAAAGUAUUUGUAACAGCGCCAUUAAAUUGAACGGUAUCGGCGCUGAUGGGUACAGAAAGCAUAAUAAUAUUCGAAACGGAAGUAACAAAGGAGAAAUACAGGAGGAAGGAGAGGAGGUGGAUGAGGAGGGAGAGAGGAUGAAAAAGGAAGAGACAGACGGAAGAAAUAAAAGAAGGGAAAAAGAAGAAGAAGAGGAAAGGGUAGCUGAAAAGGACGAAGACGAAGAAGAAGAGGAAGAAGAGGAGGAGGAAGAGGAAGAGGAGGAGGAGGAGGAAGAAGAGGAAGAGGAAGACGACGAUAAGGAUAACGACGACAUAGAUGAUAACAAUAACGACAACGACAACGAAAAAAGAACUAAUGAAAACGAUGAAAAAUACGAGGGGAUGAAUGAAGCAACUCCGGAAGGUAUAUAUAGAGUUUGUGGUUCUCUUCAUCAUUCGGAAAGAAAUGUUGUUACUACGAGUGAACAAGAUUACAGAACGAAAAAGCCGAAGAAGUAUUAUCGAGAAGAGCGAUCGUCGAUCAGUCCGGUAAAUACGGAUCCAGUUGUCGGGCAUCAAUAUGGAGAGAAGCCUCUUUUACUCGACGACGAACUUGAUCCGGAACCGAAACUCGAUUACUCUUACGGCGAUCCAUUCGUCAUGGACGAUCGGUAUGGGUCAAAUUAUCAGUCGUUCAACGACAUCGGUUCGUCAAAGAGAAUCGAGAAGACGAAACUCCUGAGCGACGUAUUAUGGAAAUUGGACAAAGACGUUUUCGCGUUAGCUCCGUUUCCAAAGUCGUCCAGCUAUUCGAAGAAAGGUAACGAUUUUCAAGAGAGUAAUCAAUUUAAAAACGUAGCUCCCGCUAUGUUUGACGCGACGGCUUCUUCCGAGACGGUGACGGAUGUAGAAAACAAGUUGCUUUCUACAGGAAGGUGCAAUUCAUCCUGGAAGUGUGCAAAUGUCACGAAAACAGAGGGAUUCGCGAAUAUCGACUUGUUAUCCGGAGAAACGCAACGAUCUCCGGUUACCAAGGCGAUCUCGAUCGUUCGCCGAGACUCCGAACGGAAAAGGAACACGAUGCAGAAUCAAAUAAAGGAAAUGGAUCAAGAUGAUGAGAUUAAAGCGGGAGGAGCAGGAGACCGAGAAGAAGACGAAGGAGAAGAUAAAGCGAGAGUAGCGAUAAUCGAAGAAAAAGAGAAAGAAGCGGAAGAAGAAAAAGGAGAAAAUAAAGAGAAAGAUUUAUUUGGUUCAUCGCCAUUUAGUCCGAGCAAUUUUGUAAUAAAUUCAUUUGAUUUUAACAGUUUGCGAAACGUUACGGAGCAAACGCCGAAACAAUCGGCAAAAAUGACGUUUGCGAAUCAAGAAGAACAGUAUGAUGAUUACACUCAAGUGUCUGUCCAUCCCAUUCAAGCCCAGCAAUCUUCGCCGAACGUUUGUCACUUGAAACAAGUUAUUACUACUGCUGCAGCGGCAGCAUCAUCGACUACAAAAACAGUAUUGAACUCUAAAUUUACCGAUGUUUCUGCGAAUAGCGAUUAUUCGCAUACGUUUUUGGAUGCUUCGAAAGAUCUUUUUGGUUCCAUUCCGUUCGACGAAUUCGCGUCUUUACAAUUAAAUGAAGAAAAAAAGAGAUCGGAGACUCGCAUGCCAUUUGUUCAAUUAUCGUCAUCGUCAUCGUCAUCGACGCAACUGCGCCAGUCGCAGCCGCAGGAGCCGGGUUUCGUUGGCGAAAACUUGGACGCGAUGCUAUUAGAUAAAGCACAACCGCCGAUCGCUGAUCGAACAACAUCUACCUUACAAGAAACAUAUACGAUUAAAUCGGUUCAUCAUACUGCUCGAAUCACUGUUCAAACGAUGAACAGCGUAUCGAAACCAGAUGUUUCAUCGGACAUUGUUUCACCCAUGUCACCGGAACCGUUGGUUGUUACCGAUGACGAUCAUCACGAUAUGCCAAGACAUAAAAGAGACAAAUCUAAUAAAUCGGAGAAGUCGAAAUAUCAUUUGAUCAGUGAGAUUCAUAGCGAUAUUAGCGAUGUACUGUCAUCGUCGAAGCUAACUCACAAAAGUAAAUCUACUUGUUACGGUAAAAAAACACCAAGAGCGAAAAAAUGUUCUGUCGUUAGCACAGCUGCUGGUUUCAGUAACAUGAGCUUUGAAGAUUUUCCGAGCGACGAGAACGAGGAAAGACAGAUUAGGAAUACGAAAAUCGCGCCGUUCGAAGUAAUAAGAGAACCUGAAAAACGAUUCGGUUCGUUAAAGAGGAGAAGCAACCCUUUCACUUGAGACUCGAAAAUAAUGUGAAUAGAAAUUAGCGUGGGUCUAUCGCACCUUUCGAAAGGACAUUAUAUUGACAUCGAUCCGCGUAGAGACUCGACGGUUACAUUUUUUCAUUUAUUGUCAAGCGAAGUGCGAAGCAUGGAGAGAGUAAAUUUUACAAAGCGAUGUAUUUUAUCGAUAUUUGCAUCGAUUUACAUUUUGUGAUACUGACACUCUCUGUUAUCACAUGCGAUCAACUUUCCUUUCCUCUCAUUUUCCCUUUUGCUUCUUCUCCUUAUUUCCUUUUUAUUGUACAUGUAUAAAACCCUAUGUGAUUUGUAUAUAAUAUCGUACGUAGCUGUAGUUAGCGAUCGAAAAAUCAAGCAACAAAAUUUCGUUCCAUCUUUGUAACGAUUCAAAAAAUAUAUUCUGUUAUGGUUCUCGCUCUA